CCCCGCCCCUUCCUGUAAUGGCGGCGCCCUAGACCGCGCGGCCGGGACCCGCAGCGCCGUCCGUCACCGCUGCCACCGCCACCACCGCCACUGCCUUCUCUGGCACCGCCGCCACCCCUGUCACCGCCACCAUGCACUCGGACGAUGUUGUCUGGAGCAUGCUGGGGAACAGGCAGUUCUGCUCCUACAAGAUGACCACCAAAACGCAGAAUUUCUGCCGGAACGAGUACAACCUGACGGGGCUGUGCAACCGCUCCUCCUGCCCGCUGGCCAACAGCCAGUAUGCCACUGUCCGCGAGGAGAAAGGUCGCUGUUAUCUCUACAUGAAGACGAUCGAGCGGGCGGCGUUUCCCCGGCGCCUCUGGGAGCGGGUGCUGCUGAGCAAGAACUACGAGAAAGCUCUGGAGGAGAUCGAUGAGAACCUCAUCUACUGGCCCCGCUUCAUCCGGCACAAGUGCAAGCAGAGGUUCACCAAGAUCACGCAGUACCUGAUCCGCAUCCGCAAGCUGACCCUCAAGAGACAGAGGAAGCUCGUGCCGCUGCGCAGGAAGAUCGAGAGGCGCGAGAACAGGCGAGAGGAGAAAGCCCUGAUUGCUGCCCAGCUGGACAAUGCCAUCGAGAAGGAGCUGCUGGAAAGGCUGAAGCAGGACACGUAUGGAGACAUUUACAACUUCCCCAUCCAUGCCUUUGACAAGGCCCUCCAACAGCAAGAUGCAGAGAGCGAGAGUGAGUCGGAUGCAGAGAGGGAAGAGGAUGAUGAUGAUGAGGAUGUGGACAGAAGGGAGUUUGUGGAAGCAGAGGAGAGCGAGCUCAGCGACUUUGAGGACAUGGAUAAGUUGGAGACAAGCAGUGAAGAGGAGCAGGAAGAGGAGGAAGAAGUGGAGAAGAAAGGUUCCCACUCCAAAUCUAAAGGGAAAACACCCCUGAAGGGCCCAGCCAGGAGAAAACGUCGCUACAUUGAGAUAGAGUACGAAGGGGAAACAGAGCCAAGCAGCAAGACAAAAGCAGCCUGAGGCCCCCUGAUCCCAUUUUGUAUGGACUGACAACUCCAGAUGUGUCACCAGGGCCUGACUCCACCUCCACCCUUCACAGGACCCUCAGGAACUGCUGGUUUCAUACUCCACUCAUUUUCUGCAGCAGCAGCAGCAGCGGGGUUUGUGUCCCGAGCUCACUGAGUUUGUACAACUGGGUGAAGCCCAAAAGAACAUCCC